UCUAUGUUAGAAUAAUACAAGUUGUGUUGUUCUUGACAUAUAUAAAAACAUGUCUCCUUGUGCUUGAAAUUUACAUGUAUUAUUUGAUCAAGGCAAAGAUGAUGUUCCUUGUGGUGUUGUUAGUGGCUUUACGGGUAUCAACGGGCGACGUAAUAUCUGAUAAUUGUCGUAAUAAAUGUGGAGAUGUUGAUGUUCCGUAUCCAUUCGGAAUCAACUUCACUUCUGGGAUCAAGAACGAGCCUAGUUGCAGCUUGAACAAUUUCUUUAGGUUUACGUGUAAUACGAGUUUCAGUCCUGCUCGACUUAUGUUCGGCAGAAACAUGCCUAUUCACAACAUAUCUGUGGAGGAAGGCACAAUCUCCGUACGGGUGGACGCAGCAUCGAGGUGCUACAACCAGACAGGGCUGCGAAGGAAAUUCAGCCAGACUAUCAACUUGGGAGGAGGGCCCUUCAGGUUCUCCGAUUCGCGAAAUAAGCUCACCACGAUUGGGUGUGAUACGUUAGCUUUAAUAAAAGAUAAAGAAGAGACUUUCGGUAGUGGCUGCAUAUCAUUUUGCAGUAGCAAUAUUACUCUGGAGGGCUCCUGCUCUGGUUUUGGAUGCUGCCAAACUCCAAUACCGCAAAGUCUUAAGACGUUAAAUAUUGAUCUUUCAAGUCCGAACAAUCACAGCGAGGUUUUGCUUUUCAAUCCAUGUGAAUUUGCGUUUCUAGCGGAUGAAAGGACUUUCAAUGUUUCCAAGCUUCAGCUUUCUGCUCAGCCAAUGCAACCUGUAAAAUCUGAUGUUGUGAUUGAAUGGGUGGUAAGAGAGGAGACCUGUGAGGUAGCACAGUCCGGUUCCCAAUAUGCAUGUACCGCUGAUUCUAACUGCGUCCACUCCGACAAUGGUAAUGGAUAUCGUUGCAUAUGCAAAGAUGGAUUCGUGGGAAAUCCCUAUCUUCCUCAAGGAUGUCAAGACAUUGAUGAGUGCAAGGAACCCGAAAAGUACAAAUGUGACGGUAAAUGCAAAAAUACAAAGGGAAACUACACAUGCCAGUGUCCUCUCGGAAUGCGGGGUGAUGCUAAAGUUGGUUGUCGAGGAAUGAACAUCACAACUAUUGCUGCAAUUGUUGGAUCAGCUUUGUCUGUUGCGAUUAUGGCCGUGUUGGCCAUCAUCAUCUACAAGAGAAGAACAAAGGAGAAGAACUUCUUAGAGAAUGGAGGUUUAUUGUUAAAGCAUCAGCGAGUACGACUUUUUGGUGAAGCAGAGUUAGCAAAGGCAACCAAAAAUUACGACGCAACUCAGCUUCUGGGCGAAGGAGGCUUCGGAUAUGUUUACAAAGGUACUUUAGCAGAUAAUACACAGAUUGCAGUCAAGAAGCCAAAAGAUAUCGACAAGGCGCAAAUAAAUCAAGAGUAUCAACACGAAAUAGGGAUCGUUUCACAGGUCAAUCACAAGAAUGUGGUGAAGAUAUUGGGGUUAUGUUUAGAAACUAAAGUUCCUCUGUUAGUUUACGAGUUCAUUUCCAACGGAACUCUUUUCCAUCACAUUCAUCACAGCAAAUCUCUAGUCCUGGAAAACUGGCGAAACCGUUUGAGCAUAGCUGUAGAGACUGCACUUGCACUUGACUAUCUGCACUCUUUAGCAGACCCGCCCAUUAUUCACGGAGAUGUCAAGUCUUCCAACAUACUUCUAGACGAUACUUACACUGCCAAAGUAUCAGAUUUCGGCGCAUCAGUGCUCAUUUCUCCCGAACAGUCUGACAUUGGUGCAAAAAUUCAAGGGACUUUCGGGUAUUUGGACCCUGAGUAUCUUAUGACAGGUAUUUUAACAGAAAAAAGCGAUGUAUAUAGCUUCGGAGUUGUCCUUGUCGAACUCUUAACAGGGGAGAAACCCAACUCUAGUGCAAGAUCAGGAGAGCACAUCAUUCAGUACUUCUUGUCGUCUUUGGAAAAUCAUAAACUUAGCGAAAUACUUUGUUUCCGUGUCACUAAUGAACAACAAACGGAAGAGACUGAAGUUUUCGCAGACAUUGCAAAACAAUGCCUGCGUAGCUGUGGUGUAAAAAGGCCGAGUAUGAAGCAAGUCGCCGAGGAACUUGGCAGGCUGAAGAGAUUGAACGACAAUAGUUGGAACGAUGAUGAUCACGAAACUCACCACUUGUUAGCUAAAUCGCCUUACUGCUCUAUCGACAUGCGAACUUCAGAAUCCAACCAACAUGAAAUCCUUAGUUUAACAACAUUUGACCUUCAAUAUUCUACUGAUAGUAUUUAAAUAGUUGUUUACUUUCAUUCUACUUUGGAAAAUCUUGUGAUUAUUCAACUAUAGCCUUUUUACGACGGGUUAUUAACGUUUCAUUUGUUAUAUUUUGGUAACUUAUUAUAUCAGAUUAAUCUGUCAUGCAUGAGCUUAUGGUAUUAAAAUAAAGUUUACAUUGUAUAAA